GGCCUCCGUUGAGCCCACCAAGUUCUCGUCUCCCAUGGCCUUCUCUUCGAUUCUUCCUCUUCCCUCCGCCUGCCGCGCCGUCAAGCAACGCCGCCUCCGGUCCCCAUGGACACCACCACACCUUCCACUUCCGUCUCGCCGGCGGCCGCAUCCGCCCCCGCCCCCUACUCGGACUCAGCUCUUGUCUCGGCCGUGGCUGACGCGCUUGUCUCCGCCUCGUGCCAGUCCUCGCCGCCACCCAUGGACACCCUCCUGGCCCCGUACCUCCCGCGCCUCACCUCCUCGCACCACCCGCAAGUGAUCGCCCUUGCCGCCGCCAACCCAUCACUCGCCUCUCCGCACACUCUCCUCGCCUACCGCCGCCUCUUUUCUCCUCCGUCCUGUCUCCCAUCCCUACUCCCGCUCCUCUCCAUUCUCCCCUACCGCAACCUCCUCCCAACCCUUCUCGACUUCGUCCCGCUCGACCCAUUGCGCCACCUCCACCGCCACCUCCUUGCUAGCUUCCCUACAAGUGCGCUCGCCGACGCGGCGCUCUCCACGUACGCCCGCCUACGCCUCCCCCACCUCGCCGCACAACUCCUCCACUCAUUCCGCCGCCGCGGGUGCGUCCGCCCCUCCCUCCAGGCAGCCAACGCCGUGCUCUCCGCACUCGCGCGCAGUCCGUCCACCUCGCCGCAGGCCUCUCUUGAUGCCUUCCACUCCCUUAUCGCCCUGCGGCUCCACCCCAAUCACUACACCUUCAACCUCCUGGUGCACACCCACUGCUCCAAAGGCACCCUUGCCGACGCCCUCUCCACGCUGUCCAAAAUGCAGGGUUUCGGCCUCUCCCCAGAUGCCGUCACCUACAACACCCUCCUCAACGCUCAUUGUCGCAAGGGUAUGCUCGGUGAAGCGCGGACGCUGCUGGCCAGGAUGAAGAAGGAGGGUAUCGUGCCCACCAGGGCCACGUACAAUACCCUUGUCUCAGCGUACGCGAGGCUUGGGUGGAUCAAGCAGGCGACCGAUGUUGUGGAAGCCAUGACGGCAUUCGGUUUCGAGCCUGACCUGUGGACAUACAAUGUGCUCGCUGCAGGGCUGUGCCAGGCAGGGAAGGUGGACGAGGCAUUUAAGCUGAAGGAUGAGAUGGAGCAGCUUGGCAUAGUAUCGCCUGACGUAGUCACCUACAAUACCCUUGUUGAUGCAUGCUUCAAGUGUCAGCGCUCUUCUGAUGCACUGAAUCUGCUCGAGGAAAUGCGUGAGAAAGGGGUGAAGUCAAGUUUGGUCACACAUAACAUUAUUGUGAAGGGCCUUUGCAGGGAGGGGCAAUUGGAAGAGGCGUUGGGGCGUCUGGAAAUGAUGACAGAGGAGGGAUUGACACCGGAUGUGAUUACAUACAAUACAUUGAUUGAUGCAUCCUGCAAAGCCGGAAAUGUUGCCAAAGCAUUUGUGUUGAUGGAUGAGAUGGUGAGAAGUGGACUCAAAAUGGACACUUUCACCCUAAACACUUUGCUAUAUAACCUAUGCAAAGAGAAACGUUACGAAGAGGCUGAGGAGCUCUUGCGUGCACCGCCGCAGAGGGGCUUUGUACCUGACGAAGUCAGCUAUGGUACAGUGAUGGCAGCCUACUUUAAGGAGUAUAAACCAGAGCCUGCUCUGUGUCUGUGGGAUGAAAUGAUCAAGAGGAAGUUAACGCCUAGUAUUUCUACUUACAACACAUUGAUCAAAGGGCUUUCUACAAUGGGGAAGUUGACAGAGGCGAUUGACAAAUUGAAUGAGCUGAUGGAGAUGGGGUUGGUACCAGACGACACCACCUACAAUAUCAUCAUUCAUGCCUACUGUAAGGAAGGGGACUUGGAGAAAGCUUUCCAGUUCCACAACAAGAUGGUGGAGAAUUCUUUUAAGCCAGAUGUUGUUACCUGCAACACUUUAAUGAAUGGGCUUUGUCUGUAUGGAAGGCUUGAGAAAGCGAUGAAGCUUUUUGAGUCAUGGGUAGAAAAAGGGAAGAAGGUUGAUGUUAUCACAUAUAACACCUUAAUUCAAGCUUUGUGCAAAGAUAAUGAUGUCGAUACAGCUUUGCGUUUCUUUGCUGAUAUGGAGGUCAGAGGCUUGCAGCCUGAUGUAUUUACAUACAAUGUCCUGUUGUCUGCACUGUCUGAGGCAGGACGAUCAGUGGAAGCACAAAAAAUGCUGCAUAAAUUAAAUGAGAGCGGAAAAUUAUAUGGAAGAUUUUUUUAUCCUUCAAUAAAAUCCUCUGUGGAGGCAGUCGAGACAGGGAAGGACCCAGAGGUUAAAUCUGACAUUGAAUCUGUUGGAAACACACAAGGUGAUGAUCAGGAGAGCUAUAAUAAAUAUAUAAAGGAACUCUGCAUUGGUGGGCAACUGAAAGAAGCCAAGGCUGUUUUGGAUGAGAUGAUGCAAAAGGGCAUGUCUGUUGACAAUUCAACUUAUAUCACUUUAAUGGAAGGCCUUAUCAAAAGGCAAAAGAGGCAAACACAUGCAGCUGGAUAGGAUAUGGCUGAGUUUUGCUGCUCUGAUAUGUGACAUUGUCCAUGGUUUUGCCAUAACUUCAUCAGUUGGUCAUAAACUGACUAGAGGGUGAUGCUAGCCUUUCUAGCAAGAGAAAAUGAAGAUCAGUCUGAACAGAUGCAAUUGGCGCCAAAGCAUCACAUAUGGAUGACAAUCUAUUGUGAUUCCUGAACAGCUGGUUCACUUCAAUUGAAUAUGGGGAAUGCUUUUUGCAGAAGCUUGGUGGCAACUGGCAAGCAAACUAUUCUCUUAGGCUGAGUCCAGUGCACAGCCUCCAUACGUAGGUUGGUUUUCAGAUCCAACAGAUAAAGGUGCAACUGGAGGAGGUGCUCCAUACGUAGGUGGAGCAUAUGGAUGAGGUGCUCCAUACGGAGGUGGAGCAUAUGGAGCAUAAGGAGGUACUCCAUACGGAGGUGGAGCAUAUGAAGGAGGGGCGUAUGGAGGUAUCUGGAAAGAAGCUUGACUUCCGUCCACAGCAGGUGGGGGAGGGGCAUACGGACGUACCGGGAAUGAGGCUUGAAUUCCGGCUUGGGAAGUUGGAGGUUGACCAUAUGAAGACGGUGGAUAUUGAUACAAAUGAUAGGGAUAAGGGUAUGGUGGUGGACGCGCAGCCGGAAAUAGUGCACGGAGGAGUGAGGCUGAAACAUCGGAGCGACGAUGUAGUGAAGAAGACUCAUCUAACGGAAGGGUUGUAGGUGACCCAUCGGACUGCAAGAGAUCCGUGAAGGUGUUCAAAUCUGGGGACCAACCCGACAUUGUGUGAAGAAAGGGGAGUUUGGAAGAGAAAAAUGAGAUGGAAUGGUGUUUGGAAUGAGCUCCACCCGGGUAGGGGUAUAUAUACAGGGAUUGGGGAUGAAAUUUGUGAUUUUUUGCAAAAAAAAUUUCGAAUUUUUUGGACUCCAAACGGUCAAAAACGGCUAGCACACGUGGACCAAUCAGAUCGCGACACGUGGACCAAUCAGAUCGCGCCACGUCGCUCUCGCCCGCGCUCUCGCCCUGCCAGUGCCUCGCCUCUCUCUCGCCCGCCUCUCGCCCGGGCGGGCGCUCCAGCGCGGGCGAGAGCGAGGCGAUACCGCCCGCUCUCGCCCGGCGCCGGCCUCUCGCCCGCCUCUCGCGCGCGGGCGGCAGCGGCCUCUUCUCGCCCGCGCUGCCGCCCGCACUGCCACCAGCCUUAGCCCUGCUUCUGAUGUUGCAGGAUGUGUGCAAACUGUGCAUGACUAGCGUGUCAUUCACCUCCCAUUUGGUCCUGUAUGUAACAUUGCUUCCCGUCAGGCUGUCAUACUGCUUUAGGUGCACAUAAGUUGCUGACUCAUUGUGGUUAGGGAGUGAGUUGAAUUUUUAACUUUGUUUAGUGGUGAUGAGGCAUUUUACUAAAUCAAAAACAUAAUAGUGAAGCGAAUACUCAAUAUGACUAAUGGUCAUUAAUUCUUUGGUUUCAUUGUGCUUAGUUCGGCAUAGACAGUUUGGUCAGUAACUGGAUGGUACUGCUGCUUGUGAGAUACUUACCUGGCACUUACGCUAAGCUAUAAAACUAUUCCCUGACACACUUCAGCG